GGAAGAAUAAAAAAAUACGAUUGAAAUUCACAAACGCAAGGUUUCACUUUCAGGAUGGCACGACAGUAAGAACCUUCUCAUAUAUAUUAUCAGCUGACUCGGCACGCCGGCUCAUAGUGAACUUGUGCGCGCGCAGAGAUACGCGCCUCGUGUGGUGUUACACAAUAACAUGCAGUGCUAGUGCAACCAGCUUUGAAAAUGAGGCUGUCACUGCACAUAGCAGUCGUGUUGCUGGCGGUGUACCACACCUGCCAUGCCGACCGUGCUGCUAGGGCGAUCCCCAGUUUCUCAAACCAGAACUACGCUGUUUUCGGGGCACCGAUCAGGGCUGAUCUCAAUGAAGAUGGCUACUUCUACCCGAAGCCUAAGGUUCCUUUCCCGCCUCCAGAGCCGACGAACCAGAGGGAGACUUAUUAUCCACCGCCGCCUCCAAGGCCGUCACCGCCUAGGCCUCCACCACCCCCUGUUGUGGUCACGGAAGGCUACGCGUAUAACACUCCACGUGUGCCAUUCCCGCCGCCAACUAGGAGACCACCGCCACCGCCGCCGACGUUGAGCACAAUAUUGAGCCCUUACCGAACUACGGGAUACAACUACGAACCACCAAUAAUUCCGUUUACGUUGCCUACUAAUCGGCCGCCACCGCCUCCUCCUCCGCCGACGUUACCACCGAGGCCACCAACUAGGCCUCCUCCUCCUCCACCCCCUCCACCAACAUUACCUCCACGACCACCCCCUCCACCAACUAGACCACCCCCACCUCCACCCCCACCACCAACCAGACCACCUCCUCCUCCACCACCGCCACCAACUAGGCCACCACCACCUCCUACACUAAGAACAACAGGAUACAGCUAUCCAACCCCGACAGUACCUUUUACAUAUCCGACGAGACCUCCUCCUCCACCACCAACGACGGCAAGAACUUUCCCGCCUCCUACUUACCUCCCGCCUUCAACUACUAGACGGACUCCACCACCCCCUCCUCCACCGCCACCACCAACCAGACCACCUCCUCCUCCUCCGCCACCACCAACCAGACCACCCCCUCCUCCCCCCCCGCCACCAACCAGACCACCCCCUCCUCCUCCGCCGCCACCAACCAGACCUCCCCCACCUCCUCCCCCACCCCCAACAUUUAGAACAACAGGAUACACAUACCCGACUCCGACAAUACCAUUCACCUUUCCUACGACCACAAGACGCCCCCCACCACCAACGACGGCAAGAACUUUCCCGCCACCUACUUACCUCCCACCUCCAACUACUAGAAGGACCCCGCCUCCCCCACCACCUACCACAAGACGGCCCCCUCCACCAACAACAGCUAGGACUUACCCGCCACCUACUUAUCUCCCACCACCCACUACCAGAAGGCCCCCACCUCCACCUCCACCGCCGACUAGGCCACCUCCUACUUACCUCCCACCUGUGACCACCAGAAGGCCUCCACCUCCCCCACCUCCGACCACCAGAAGACCCCCACCUCCAACAACGGCUAGAACUUUCCCACCACCUACUUACCUUCCACCACCCACUACCAGAAGACCCCCACCUCCUCCACCACCGCCGACUAGACCACCUCCGACAUACCUCCCACCGCCAACCACUAGAAGGCCUCCGCCUCCCCCACCGCCACCACCAACCAGACCACCCCCUCCUCCACCCCCGCCUCCAACAAGACCACCCCCUCCACCACCUACUAGACCACCGCCUACAUACCUCCCACCACCCACUACCAGAAGAACCCCACCUCCCCCUCCUCCACCCACUAGACCACCUCCGACAUACCUCCCACCGCCAACCACUAGAAGGCCUCCGCCUCCCCCACCGCCACCACCAACCAGACCUCCCCCUCCCCCGCCCCCACCGCCGACCAGACCUCCCCCACCACCACCAACUUUCCGAACAACAGGCUACACUUACACCACUCCCAGAACACCUUUCACAUACCGCACAACGCGCCCUCCGCCGACCUAUCUUCCUCCCGUGACAACUAGGAGAACACCGCCCCCGCCCCCGCCAUCGCCGCCGCCGACAUAUUUACCCCCUUCAACUACCAGAAGGCCUCCACCCCCACCACCGCCGACUACCAGAAGGCCCCCACCCCCGCCCCCACCCCCACCGCCACCGACAACAAGAAGGCCCCCACCUCCCCCUCCGCCACCGCCAACGAGACCACCAUUCCGCACCACUGGCUACGACUACCCUAAACCCCCCUCCCCGUUCACUUACCCGACGACGAGAAGAACACCGCCUCCCACGGCGCCUACCUAUCUCCCACCAGUGACCACGCCUAGACCUACUCCACCCCCAACCAGACCUACUCCACCACCAACCAGACCCACGUUCAGAACCACCUACUACUACCCUAAGCCCAGCACAGAGUUCUAUUACACGACAAAGUCACCGGUGUAUAGCACAACGCGCCCACCGUUCGUCGAAAACGAAGGCUACUUCUACGAUCGACCCCGCGUUCCUUUCGUCUUCUAACGUAGAAAUAAGUUUAAAGGGCCCCGUAUACGGAACGAUUCGACGUUGCGAUCGAUCUGAAGGAAAUCGUCAACGAUCGAUCGUUCAGAAAUGCCACUAUUUACACGAAACGAUUGAUCGUAAACGAUUCGUCGUUGCGAUCGAUCUGAAGGGAAUCGUUAAGAUCAAUACAGACAAUUGGUACAGAUCAAUCGUACCGUAUAUGGGACAUUGACAUUGCAUGGGUUUUUGUUGCGAUCUCCGAUAUCGUCUGCGAUUAAGUAAAUCGUUAACGAUCUUGACAUACACUGUCGAUCCAUCGUUUCGAUCGGUCUGAAACGACGGAUCGUACAGAUCAAUCGUUCCGUAUAUGGUCCCUUAAGGAAACAAGUUGCCAUAAUUGUGAUACCAAACUGAACGCGCCGUUUGCGUUAAAAAGUCGCAAGUUCUUUUAUUAUUAUUUCGUUUAAACACUGCAAUGUAUAUUUUAAUGUAUAUUUUGUUGGUAAAGAGUUACCAUGGUUCUAGUGACGUAUUCAUAAUAGUAAAGUGUAUAUAUUAUAAUAUGUAUUUUUAAAUAGUAACUACGUAUAUAGUAUGAAAUACUCAAAAAUUUAAGCGAAUCGACACUGCCUUCGAAUAAAUAUGUUUAAGAAUUGUUUUUAAUAAACAUUUUAAAAAUAAUA